GUAUACCGUCGUCUAUACAUAGUUCGGUGUAUGUUUAACCCCCCAAUUCUGUCACAUGAUUUACCCACCACGCCCGGAUCCUGCAACGUCCCAAACAACAAGCAAGCAACAGCUCGAAGGCUCGAUGCUAGUGGAAAACUUGUCGAAUAUGAAAUCAGAUAGCGGGCCACAAGCGGCCCGCCGAGUACGAAUGCACAACUUCGGUGUAACCAAACACAGCGCCAUCAUAUUACUUCUGUGUUGAUCUCCGGGAGAGUUCCAUGCUUAUUCUAUACAGCUAUCAGUUCACAUCAAUGGAAUAAAGUUUAGAUACCGCUUUUUCGGGCAGCCGCCAUCCUCUGUCAUUCUCAGAAGAGCAUCUGACGGCUCGACAAUAUACCGUUGUUCUCUUCGUUCACCUGUAGCACUUGAAUAGGAUCGACUUCAUACAAAUAUGUUGAGCGCUAUAUCCUCUUCUCUCGAUUCUCACGCCGCCUUUUCGCCAAGUCUUAGUAGACUGUCAAGAUGACUCUCAAUACCGUAACGCCUGUGAUCGUGGAGGAAGAAAAGAUGGACGUCGAGCAUGUGGAAGAAGCAAAGGUGGAUAAUGAAUUCGACCCAAAUCUAGUCAUCAAAUCGCCUUUCGAGGACUUGUCUUUCUUUGUCACACUCAAAACCUUUAAAAAGGCGACCUUUCUGGCUCUUUUGGCUGCUUUCUCCGCAGCUGCCGAUGGGUAUCAGAUUGCAAUGACCGGUUCAAUUAUCGCAAAUAAAGGAUUCAUCCAGACAUAUGGUACUGCCUACAACAGCGCCGGAGAGUUGAUUUUGGAUGCAAACGUUCUUGCGGCAUGGGGAGGUGUUCAGAGUGCAGGCCAGGGGUUGGGUAUGCUUAGCAUGCAUUUCAUCGCUGAUAAGUUUGGUCGAAAAUGGGCAUUCUAUGGGCUAUGGCUCGCUCUCGUGCUCGGUGUCACGUGUGAGACCGUUGGGAGACAUUGGCAAAUCUGGCUCGUUGCCAAGCUCGCUUCUGGUUACGGUGUCGGCAGUGUACAAUUCCUCACCGGCACAUACAUCACUGAGAUUGUUCCUUCGAGAACAAGAGGUUUUAUUCUUAUCUUUUAUAGUAUCUGGUAUGCCAUUGGUCAGCUUUUCGCCUCUGCAGCACUAAAGGUUCUUGCCGAUCAACAGCCGUACAAUUACCUCGAUUUGAUCUAUACUGAGUGGGCUAUGAUAGGAAUCAUGAUCAUGGCAUAUCUUUAUCUUCCCGAAUCUCCCUGGUGGUAUGCGAAUCACAACAAAGACGAUCGCGGCAGAGCCGUCGUUGAGCGCUUGAAUGGAGGGAUUGAGGGCUACGACGUCGAUUUUCACUACAGUCUCAUCAAAAAAACGGUUGAUAAUGAGAAGGCUCAAAAGACGGCUACAUUAGGUGCUGAUCGAGGGUUUUGGAAGGGUCUGUGGGAUUGUCGUGAGGUCUUUACUGGUGCAAAUGGGUUCCGUACAUUGGUGGCCUUCUAUCCAGCGGCUAUUCAACAGAUGUCUGGUCUUGCGGUCCUUUCCAAUUACUCGAGUUACUUUGCGCAAGUAGCAGGUUUCUCAGACCCUUUCGUCUUUUCACUCCUCCUCGCUAUUGUCGCUAUCCUCAUCACAAUUCUUAUCUGUCUCACUACAGAUUUCAUUGGCCGACGAGCGAUCUUCUUGGGAGCAGUGGUGGUAACCUGGUGUAUGCUGAUCAUUGUCGGAGGGAUGGGUUUGAUAAAAAAUCCUAGCCACAGUAUAAACCAACUCGUCCUUUUCUUCUCACUUGUUUGGCGGAUGUCUUCUACUUGUCUUGGCACUCUCGGUUGGUCCUAUGUCGCAGAAACUGGCUCAGGCCGUCUUCGAGCAAUUACGGCAGGUGUCUCGGCAGCUGGAGGGGUUGCAAUUGGAACGUUGUUCAGUACUACAGUCCCGUACAUGCUCAACGCCAACUACGCCAACUGGGGUCUAAAGACCUGCUUCUUCUUCGCCGGCGUAUCUGCACCAAUGUGUAUUGCCGCUUUUUUCAUCAUGCCAGAUACAAGUAAACGUACGCCCGCGGAGCUGGAUGAAAUGUUUGAGAGGAAGAUCAAACCAUGGAGGUUCCGAAGCUACGUUUCUGAUGCGCAGAAGGCCUUGCAGGCGCAGAAGGAGCGAACAGGCGAGACGGACGCUGUUGCUCUGCAGAACGCUAGCAACAGGAGGUAAUAUUGUGAGGCUACGAUGCUGACGGCGUCUACUUCCCUUUCUUUUCUUGGUAAAACAAUAAUAUAGCUCAUAGGUUUGUUAUGUCUCAUUUGAUAAGGUGCGUAGGGUUUGAUACGUCUUUUUGUUUAAUAAGGCGCUCUUGUAAAAAGGAACCGAGUGAUGUGAUAUCCAUGUUCAAUUAACGCACAUUCGAUAACUAAUCUAUGAAGAUGGCUUGUGUAAGAUACAACUAAUAUAACACCGAAAGAGGCCUAUCGUAUAGACAACCCUCAAAGGAAGACCAUGAGACCUGAACACGUCCCUAUAUGUAUCCCG